AUGCUAAAGAAGGCUACACUGUUAAUUCUGGGAUCGCUGGCCAUACGUUUGGGAUUCUUCCUGUAUGGGAUUUACCAGGAUGCCAAUUACAAGGUGAGAUACACUGAUAUUGACUACUAUGUGUUUCAUGAUGCUGCUAGAUACGUGUACGAAUCUUUGCAGAAAGGUACCAUUGGAUCUCCCUAUUGGCGAGAGACUUACCGAUACACCCCUUUACUUAGCUGGCUGCUGGUUCCCAACCAUUAUUUCCUGUGGUUUCAUCUUGGAAAGCUAAUAUUCGUUGCCUUCGAUCUGUUCACUGGAUUGAUCAUCCUAAGUUUGGUGAGAAAAUGCGUGAAGAGCAGGGAAUCAUCACUACCACUGUUUUUAAGCAGCUUAUGGUUGCUGAAUCCUAUGGUUAUUACCAUAAGCACUCGCGGAAACGCUGAGAGUGUGAUAUGUUUUCUCAUCACACUAGCGUUAUACUUGCUACAAAGAAACUGCUUGACGCUAUCAGCUAUUGUUUAUGGCUUAUCGAUCCAUUUCAAAAUUUACCCAAUAAUUUACUGUGUUCCGAUUGCUUUCUUCCUGUAUCGUAAGGACAAGCAGUUCACUAAAGUAAUACUAUAUGGUGCAUGCAGUCUGUUAGCGCUUCUAGUUUCCAGUGCUGCAAUGUACAAGAUAUAUGGCUCUCAAUAUCUGGACCAAGCUUAUUGGUAUCAUCUCUACAGAACAGAUCACAGACACAACUUUGCAUUGUGGAACCUAUUGCUGUAUUACGACUCAGCUCAAUCCACUACUUCUCUUCUAUCAAAGUUCGCAUUCGCACCACAGAUGAUCGUCACAAUGUCCGUAACAGCACUGGAGUGGUACCAACCUACUUUCGAAAAUCUUCUCAAUGUUCUCUUCCUGCAAACAUUUGCAUUUGUUACUUACAACAAGGUCUGCACUUCGCAAUACUUCGUAUGGUACCUGAUCUUUCUCCCAUUCUUCAUAGCGAAUACCACUAUUUCUUGGCAAAAAGGCGUGUGCAUGGCAGCAGUAUGGGUAGCUACACAGGGCUUUUGGCUUUUCCAAGGUUACUUACUAGAGUUUGAAGGCAGAAACGUCUUCUUCCCCGACAUGCUCAUCGCCAGUGCGUUGUUCUUCCUUGGAAACACAUGGCUAAUGGGCCAAUUCAUCGACGACAUCAAGACAAGAGCUCUAUCGGCGAUGAACAAGGCCAAGAAGAUCAAUUAA